ACAGGCUAGAUGGCCCCCAAAUCGACGUCAGAAGGCGCAGAUUCAGCCGAGGUUACGAAGAAGAAGCACGGCUUCAGGGUCGGGCCUGAGAACUUGCCAGACGGGCCAUGGCGUCGCAAAGUUGAUAAGAAGAAGCGUGAAUUGAUUCACAACGCAAAGAUCAAGAAGCAGUACGCAAAGAUCAAGGCCUCGGAACUAAAGACAGCAGAGCCCAAAGCUCGGCCCAAUCACGAUGAAAAUGAGGAUGCCGAGCACGAUGGCGAGGGUGAAGCAAAGUCAGCGCAAGGAGAUGACGCCAAGGACGAAGUCGGAGAGGCAGCCGAACAGAUCCAUCCCACCAGACAGCUCAUGUUAAAGGACGAGAGCAUGGCGCAAGCCGGAGCUGUGCCCGACAAGACGACUGGCCCUAGCGACGGCGAGCGACGCAGGACGCGGCGCCCUGGCUACUACGAGAAGCAGCUCAAGAAGGCGGCGGAGCGCCGAGAGGAGGCUGAGAAGAGGAGAAAGGAGUGGGAGCGGCGGAUGGAGGAGCGCGCGCAGAAGCAGGCUGAGCGGGAGAGGUUCAAGAAAGCCAUGGCCAAGACGAGGGACAAGGACGGGAAGAAGAAGCUGGGCAGGGAGAGCUCGCUGCUGUUGGAAAAGGUGAAGAAGCUUGUCGGUCAGAAGUGAGGGGAUUUUCUUGCAUUGUUUGGUGUUUUGUUAGGAUACCAUGGCAUUGAUA